UAGAAAAUGUAAAAAUACUGUGUACAGAAGAUCCAGUAAAUGCUUAUGACAAAUGAAACAUGAUUUCCCAGGGUAACAUAUACUUUGUAAGAGCUUUGCCAACUGUAAAUUAUACCAAGUGGGUCGAUUUUGGAAGUCAACAUCUUAUUUAAACUUUCAUACUGAACAGAAUUGCUAUUUAAUAUUGGUGAUUAAUGACUGCAGACUCCAGCCUAAUUUCCAAGCAGAAUGCCAGUGGCACUCAGUAAUCAGCAGAGUCCACAGUACAAGUGCUUGGCAAUCUUGCGGUCCAGUUCAAGUUGCUCAUUUUCCACGAAGAGGAAACAAGAGAGGGAACUGAUAUGAAAAUGAAAAUACACCUGCUUAUUCCUCUAGUAGAGUUUGUUCCUAUUUUUCAGUAUGCCUCUACAAGCUGAGGUGCAAUCCUGUGGGAGAAAACUGAAUGUUCAUGCCAGAUGUACAUGUGGCCUACCAUUUGGAGGUCAGCAGAGACAGUUUCAUCUGGGGGACUCCAAAUUCCUCUUGUCUCAUCUGUCCCCACUACUCCAAGUUGUGACCCACAGCUCUUUAUCCUCCUUUCUUGGCAUCAUUCUUACUCACUGUUCCUCCACUGAGUCAAAGGGCCAGACAGAUCUAUCUGUCCCCUUUGUCCUGGUCCCCACCCCACGGUCCAUCUGUGGGGAUCAGGGACAGGGGUGUAUUUUACCAUUGUGGGUACAUCAUAGAAAUCCACAAGGAAUCUCUAGUGCUGUUGAGUACUUGAAAGAGACAGUAUGGCUGAGCCUGAGCUCUGUGGACAGGAAUGUAACAUGAGCUGGAGAAAGCUCUUCUAUUUCCUUUUUUGUAAGCAGUGUGCUGCCUGGCCUGGACCAGGCACUGGGAGAGAGUGACCACACUGGGAGCGAGUGACAGGCAAAGAGCUGACCUGACCUCUGCCUCUUCUGCUCUGGUUUCACAGGGCUUCACAGGAGGAUGCACAAGCCUCUGCAUUUACAGAACACAGUGAUCUUUCCAACCCAACACAGAUGGCAUCCAUUACAAUAUUAUCAACUAACAUUGAUUACUACAGUUUCCCCUAAUAUGACAUGACUAAUCUUUUAACUUAGCUUGCACAAUGUGUACUGCCAAUGCUUUCAAUGUAUGCUGAAAUCAUUUAGUUGAAGUAAAUAAAUGAGUAAGUCUAAUACAAUAGAGUUUAUGGCAUGUUGUCCUCCUGGAAAUAAUUUCAGCGGUAGUGAAAUAGAAUAUCUGCAACUUGAAAUGUCUGUCCUUAUACCUGCAUUUGCAUAGCUUGAGAUGUACAAUGUACAUGUACAAAUUUAUUUUAAAAUUAAACAGCUAAAUAAGUAGGAGUUUUUGCCUCCAGUCUAUACCAGGAAAUUAGAAGUUUAUCAAACAGGUGUCAAUGCACCAGUCAGAUCUAUGAUACCUUGCUGUCACUUUAGUGCAAAUUCAGGAAUUGCAGUAGAAAAAUGCUCUCGUAUUUUUUGUGAUGUUGGUGAAGAAAAUCUGCUGCAGGAGAAGAAGAGAACUGAUAAAUAAUACAGUACACAGCCUGUAGUUUAAAGAAGGUUCUUCUAUGUUCCUUCCCAGCAGAUGAAAGACAGGUUUAGCUAGGAUCUUCCAUCAACAGGUACCAAAGAGCUCACCAGCAAUUUGGUUCAGAGCCAAUAUAAAUAACUCACCUUCUAGGAAAAUAAUUUGCCUGGUAUGUAUAAAGAAGUAUAAAUGCCAUUCCAGAGUAAAGAAUUUGGACAGGAAUGAGUGCCCAAAAGGGGUGUUUGUGUGAGCAGGAGAGCAGAGAGCCUUCUGUCUGAGCAGAGACUUACAGAGUUGGAGUGGAAUGGAAAACAGGAAAGCAUAUCAUGAGAUAGGAAAGGCAAUUUAAGCAAUUCAGUAACAUUAGCGUGAGAACAAAUGAGUUUGAGCUGGCCCUUAGUCUGGAAACUUAGAAAAGCCUCCCCGCAGUGGGAGGGAGGGCAAACUUGGCUAGGUGCUAGGAUGGAAAUUAAGUCUGUAGCUGAAUGUCUGAUGUGGUCACCUGUGACAAAAGGGCUCUGGGCUUCCUAAUCUAGGGUGAGCAGCCUCAGAGAGACCUCCCAUGCGAGGAAGGAUUUAAACACAGGCUUUGCUCUGUGGGCAUGUAUUUGCUAAUGUUUAAGCUUCUGUAGCUUAAGCAUGUUUUUUAAAGUACAUUUCAUAUGCACAGUUCAAUUUUGCAGACGACUGACGCAUGAGGUUUGUAUAUCUGGCCUUGUGACUGCCAUGGACAUCUGGUCCCAUGAAGGCUGUGUCUCUCCGUACUGCACCCAUUCUGGGGGAAGAGCAGCAGCUACACAGUGCCCCAGAUCCAGCACAGCACUGCCUGGGUUUUGGACAACUGUACACGGAGCACUGGCAGGCUGACUUGGCAGGAACCCAUCCCAGGUUUUCCUGAGCAACUUGGAGCUGAGGUGCUAUGCUGUCAGGGCAGAAAAGGCAAAUACUACUGCAAAGAAUCAUCCAUCCAGCUAAGGGUAUCACUGUCACAUUUAUGGUAGGUCUUGACAUGUCCCUUGAUUUCUUAAAAUAAAUAUUUAACAAGGGAUUUUAUAGUCACAAGUAGCAAGCACGCUUUUAAAAUGUUUGAAGGGAAAAAAACUUGUGUAAGAAUGAAUUGGAGGCCAAGACCUGGUAGCCAUAGAUGUUUAUAUCAAAGGCUGGAGAUUUCCUCCUGUCUGUUUUCAGCGUAUACUGCAGUUCCUUGAUUCAAGGCGAUCUCCAAAGCUGCCUUGCUUCCUGGAUAACACUUCCUUCCUUAGGAGCAAAUGCUUAAGAUGGCUGAAGUCAUUGCAUUUAUUAGUGAUUCACGUCAUUGAAAGAUGAGGGUUUCUUUUCCUCUAUUGAAAGCUUUUUUGGAAAAAAAGAUUCUUUUUUUUUUUGCUGCUGCUGCUGUUUUUGCUAUUAACAUUCACUCUCAGCUGUUGCAUCACAUUGCAGCAGUAUGACACCUUAUCUAAAGCGCAACAUUUUAUCCCCUUCUUGGGUGCUUUUUAAACUGAAAAUUACUGGGUAAGAGGGUUUUAUGCAGUCUUAAUUUUGCAAUGUUCAGAGAAUUAACAGAGCUUGUAUUUUCAGACAGCUGAUGCAGGAGUUUACAAAUUGCUCUUAUGUGGUUCAAGUGCUUACCACCAAGUAUACAGGAACAAGGUGAAGAUUCAGAUGCCAAACUAUUGAUUCUAGGUUAGAACUUGUGGACCCUGUCUUCCUUUUCAAAGGGGAAUGCCAACAUGAAUCUUCUGCCUUGAAGCAAUUUUUAGGAUGGUCCACUUGCAUUUGUUAAAUUUGAGCUAUGUUGAUCGUCAGGUUAAAAGAAGAAAAGAAAUGCAAGGAAGAACCUGACUGAAAAUGAACUUUGGUAUAUGCCGGAAAGAAAAGUAAAAGCUUCAAAUUACACUAUUGUAUGAGCAGCCUGCACACGCUUAUCUGCCUGCGGGAGACAUGACCGGGAGGGUGUGGUCUUUUAAACCUUAAAUUGCUCAGGUUUAUGCAAUUCAGCUUUUCUGUACCUUCUGUCAUGCCACAGGCUUCGCCAUCUGACACGGGCACCGGCCGCGGUCUGCCUGCAGCUGAGGGGAGAGUGCAGGCCCUGCCCGGCCCGGGCCUGGAGCUUGUACACCCGCACGACUCUGCCAGCAGCGUGUGAGAGACACGGCGAAGCCACACGUAUCUGACAGCACAAAAGCCUUGCUACAGCUGUCACAAAUAGCAAACACGUUGGGUAUUCCCACCUGCCCCCUUUUGAAUUGCAUCAAUUCUGAUUAUGAGCCAGAAAGAAGAAGAAAUGGAGGACAGUUCCCCGCCACUCUGUGUCACCUGCGGCCAAGCGCAUUUACCGGAAGAAAACCACUUGUACAGCUACACCGAAGAAGUAGAUGAUGAUCUGAUAUGCCACAUUUGCCUGCAACCUUUGCUUCAGCCAUUAGACACGCUCUGUGGUCACACCUUCUGCACAGCCUGCCUUACAAACUUCCUUGUGGAAAAAGACUUCUGCCCCAUGGACCGCAAGCUUGUGAUUCUCCAGACGUGCAGGAAGUCCAGCAUACUAGUGAAUAACCUCCUGGAUAAGCUAAUGGUUAGCUGCCCUUUCACAGAACACUGCUCAGAGGUCGUGCAACGUGGUCACCUUGAACAGCAUUUCCAAACCCAAUGUAAAGGAGCAUCCCACUAUGGCCUUACCAAGGAACGGAAGAGGCGUUCCCAGGACUGCUCUCCAGACCACGGCUCCAGCUUAGCAGUAGCUGCCCUGGGCCCUGAGCUCUCAGCAGCUGCGGCCAUCGCCUUAAUGACAGAUGAGCCAGGGCUGGUGAACCCAGCCUUCAGCCCCACCUCAGAGGACAGCCAGCUGGGGAGCAGCCCCGGAGACCUGCACCGCAGCAACCGGAACAGAACUCGACACUUUGAACGUUCCACUAUAAGAAGCAGAUCUUUUAAAAAAAUAAACAAGGCAUUCAGUGUUCUUCGAAGGACAAAAAGUGGAAGUGCCGUUUCCAACCAGACUGACCGGGAGAGGGAGACUGUUGGAAAUUCUGCUGCUGGAGAGGAAGAUUCAGAAUGCUCCAUACAACCCCCCGUGACAAAAACACAACACUCUGUGGGAAAACCUGGAAGAAUCACCAAAAACAAGACAGAAAGUUUCCUUCUUUCUAGAUUCAGCAGCUCUUCGAUAUUUAAGGACUGGAAAUAUAAAAUGGUAAAGAAAGGUUUUCCCAGGUUGUAUCACCUGAUUCCAGAUGGAGAAAUAACCUGUAUUAAGAUCAGCCGUACUGAUCCCCAUGAAAAUCUGGCCAUCAGGAUUGUGGGAGGCAGUGAGACCCCUUUGGUUCACAUUAUUAUACAGCAUAUUUAUCGAGAUGGGGUAAUUGCCAGAGAUGGAAGAUUACUGCCUGGAGACAUGAUACUAAAGGUAAAUGGCAUGGACAUCAAAAAUGUGCCUCACAACUAUGCCCUGUCAAUCCUGAAGCAACCUUGCCACGUGCUCCGACUGACGGUGCUCCGAGAGCAGAGGUACCGAUGCCGAAACAGCGGACUUUCCCUUGAUGCUCACUGCAUUAGGGAUGACAGCUUCCAUGUUGUGCUAAACAAGAGCAGCCCAGAUGAGCAGCUGGGAAUAAAGCUGGUCCGCAAGGCCGACGAGCCAGGGGUAUUUAUCUUCAACUUAUUGGAAGGUGGCAUGGCUGCCCGUGAUGGACAGCUGCAGGAGAACGACCGGGUGCUGGCCAUCAAUGGACACGACCAUCGCUACGGCAGCCCAGAGAGUGCAGCCCAGCUGAUUCAGGCCAGCGAGAAGCAGGUCCACUUUGUGGUGUCACGGCAGACCAGGCAGCAGACCCCAGACCUCUUGCAGGAGACCGGCUGGAGUUACAGUGCUGGCAGCUCUUCUCCCGCCGAGAGAAACAACCCCGGCAAGAGCACUCUUCACACCGUCACCUGUCAUGAGAAGGUGGUGUCUGUCCGGAAAGAUCACACAGAAUCGCUGGGGAUGACAGUGGCAGGUGGAGCAUCUAACCGGGAAUGGGAUUUGCCUAUCUAUGUGAUAAGUGUAGAACCCGGAGGAGUGAUCAGCAGAGACAGCAGGAUAAAAACAGGUGACAUCCUCCUGAACGUGAAUGGCAUUGAUCUGACGGGAGUUAGCCGGAGUGAGGCUGUCGCCCUGCUGAAGAACACCAACUCAUCAGUGGUGCUCAAAGCCCUGGAGAUGAGAGCAUGUGAAGCCCAGGAGGAGCGGGGUCACCUACCACCCCCUGAGGAGACACAGGUGACCUCCGAGAGCAGCGAGUGGUCACCAUCCUGGGUGAUGUGGCUGGGGCUGCCACGGUAUUUGUACAGCUGCAAAGAAAUUGUAUUACGAAGAAAUACAUCUGGAAGUCUUGGCUUCAGCAUCGUAGGAGGUUAUGAAGAACAUACUGGGAACAAACCAUUCUUUAUCAAAUCCAUUGUUGGGGGAACACCAGCAUAUAAUGAUGGCAGAAUUAGGUGCGGUGACAUCCUCCUCGCUGUCAAUGGCAGGAACACAUCAGGAAUGAUGCAUGCCUGCUUGGCAAGGAUGCUCAAAGAACUAAAAGGAAAAAUUACUCUCACAAUUGUGUCGUGGCCUGGCACAUUUUUAUAAAACAAGUCUUCAUGGAGAGUAUGACAAGUAUCUUAACAUGGGGAAAAAAUUUAAAAAAGGAACAUUAGUCUUGGCUUUUUUGGGGGUCAAGUAUGUAUUUAUAAAGAAAAGGUUUGUGAAAUUUCAACCUGCAUGUCAAGAAAAGUCAAGUUUAGGCAAAGCAGUGACACCUAUCAGAAAAUCACUUGGAGUGAUCCAAGCUACAGACUUAAGUCCUUCUUUCCCUGUGUUCUUAAGGAUUUUUUGUUGUUUUUUUAUACAUAUCUAUAUACCUAUUUAAUGCAUUAUAAUAAUAAUGAAAUUUAAGGAGCAACAGCUUCUGCGCACCCACUUUAUUUUGAUUUACAAAAAGAAAACCUCGAAUAACUUAUGGAAAUAUUUCUUGCAAUUUUUCUAGUUGCAAUAAUCAGGUGAAGGUUUUUAUCCAACACAUUAAUAGCACUUUGAUUAUGUGUACCUUUUCAUGGUCAGCAUGAAGCUGGUAUUUUCAAGACUUUCAAGUACUGUUUGUUAGUCUGUAAAACUGUGAAUGAAAUUUCUAAAAUAAUUAAAAAUAAUUGUAACUGUGUACUUGUACAGACAUUAUUUUCAUCCAAAACCAAAUUACCUCGUUUCCCUGGUUUGUUCUGAUGAAUACUAUUAUUAAUACUAUUAAAUCUGGGAUUUUUAUAUAGAAUAUUACUUUUAAGGAAGUACACUGCACCCUGCUAAUGCCAUCAAAUAAGUCUUUUGAAUAGCAGUAAAAUUUUUGUGGGAUUGCCUUAUCAAUCACACUUGAUACUGUUCUGCAUGAAGUAAAUCUAAAAAUGA